GAAGGGAUGUGAAACUUGGCCCCAGGCCAGCACCGCCCUGCUGGGUGUCCCACGGGGUCCCUGCGUGAAGGACCAGAGUAUCCAGUGCGUUGAAGAUUGGACGCAGUGGGACCAUGGAAGCCCCCCGGGGCUGGCUGGUGAUCAGCGUGCUGGCCAUCUCCCUGGCCUCCUCUGUGACCCAGGACGUGUGCCGAGCCCCGGAUGGGAUUAACGGGAACGCAGGAAUACCUGGCCGACCCGGACGGCCGGGCCUCAAGGGGGAGCAAGGGGAGCCGGGGGCCCCUGCCAUCCAGACAGGCAUCCGCGGCCUUAAAGGAGACCAGGGCGACCCUGGACCCCCUGGAAAUCCAGGCAGAAUGGGCUACCCAGGACCCUCUGGUCCCAUGGGGCCCCCUGGCCUCCCGGGGCUGAAGGGCACCAAAGGCACCCCCGGAAACAUCAAGGACCAACCGCGGCCAGCCUUCUCGGCCGUGAGACCGAACCCUCUGACGAGAGACAACGUGGUCGUCUUCGGAGAGGUCAUCACCAACCAGGAGAACGUGUACCAGAGCAACACGGGCAGGUUCCGCUGCUCUGUCCCAGGCUACUACUAUUUCACCUUCCAGGUGGUGUCCCAGUGGGACAUCUGCCUGUCCAUCAGGUCCUCUCGGAGGGACCAGAUCCAGCCCUUGGGCUUCUGUGACUUCAACAGCAAGGGACUCUUGCAGGUGGUGUCUGGGAGCACGGUACUGCAUCUCCAGCGGGGAGACCAGGUCUGGAUUGAAAAAGAUGUCAGUAAGGGCCGCAUUUACCACGGCCAAGAGGCCGAUAGCAUCUUCAGCGGCUUCCUCAUCUUCCCAUCUGCUUGAGCAGGGAAGACCCCCCCCCGCCCCCCAGUCCCCACCGUGGCCUCUGCAUCCUGGCCCACUCACUCCACCUCUCUGGCCAUCUCUGCUCUGCCCCAUCAAGUGGGGGUUCUGUUGCUUUAGCUGCCUGAAUGGAGAUCAUGUCUUGGAACUCUUCCUGGAAUAAAUAUCUGAA